CGCGAUCUAAAUUUCAUUCCUGUGGUUCUUUCUUCCACCCAAUCUCUGCAGCUGGAGCCCAAACCCUAGCUACUUCUUCUUCGAAUCUAUGGCUUCUCUCGAAGCUAACCUUAACGAUCCCACAGAAAAUCUAGAUUUCCGCAGCCAAAUCCCUCCUCAAAGCCUUGAUUCUGAUGCUCAAAACCCAUCCAAAACCCUAGCUCCCGAUUCCGAGGCCACCACGGAGUAUCCCCAAUAUAACGGAUAUGACAACAACAAUCAGAACCAGUGUUCUUUUUCGAAACCUGAGAUCCAUAAGCCGUUGCUGUCUGAGAAUGGACUUACCAAUACGCACAGUGAAGCCGACAAGGAUUAUUCCGGUGGCGAAGAGGAGACCACGAGCAGGAGGAAGCGUCGGAGCCGUUGGGAUCCACCGUCAGAUUCGAACGAGCGGGGUGGGAACGAUGAUUCCGGGAGUGGCGUUAAGAAGCGCAAGUCCCGGUGGGCGGAUGAUGAGUCCACGCCUCUGGUUCAGCUCCCUGAUUUCAUUAAGGAUAUCACUGGAGGUAUUGGAUUUGAUCCUGAGGUUCAGGCUUUGAAUAGUAGGUUGUUAGAGAUUAGUAGGAUGUUGCAGUCUCCUAUGGCUUUGGAUGAUAGGCCUGAGGGUGCUAGGUCGCCUUCACCUGAACCUAUAUAUGAUAAUAAUGGAGUAAGGAUUAAUACGAGGGAGUAUAGGGCGCGGGAGAGAUUGAAUAAAGAGAGGCAAGAGAUUAUUUCUCAAAUUAUCAAGAAGAAUCCAGCAUUUAAACCACCAGCAGAUUAUAGGCCACCUAGGCUUCAAAAGAAGCUUUACAUACCAAUGAAGGAAUACCCAGGUUACAAUUUUAUUGGGUUGAUUAUUGGACCAAGGGGGAACACUCAGAAGAGGAUGGAGAAAGAAACGGGUGCAAAGAUAGUUAUUAGGGGUAAGGGAUCUGUGAAAGAGGGAAGGCUGCAGCAGAAGAGGGAUUUGAAGGCUGACCCUUCUGAGAAUGAAGAUUUGCAUGUUUUGGUUGAGGGUGAGACGCAAGAAUCACUUGAUGCUGCAGCAGCAAUGGUGGAGAAGCUCCUGCAGCCUGUGGAUGAGGUAUUGAAUGAGCAUAAGAGACAACAGCUUAGGGAACUUGCAGCCUUAAAUGGGACCAUAAGGGACGAAGAGUAUUGUAGAUUGUGUGGUGAGCCAGGACACCGUCAGUAUGCCUGUCCUUCACGCACCUCAACUUUUAAAAGCGAUGUCCUUUGUAAGAUAUGUGGUGAUGGUGGGCAUCCGACUAUUGAUUGUCCCAUGAAGGCAACAACAGGAAAGAAGAUGGAUGAUGAAUAUCAGAAUUUCUUAGCUGAGUUGGGAGGUACUGUCCCAGAUUCAGCGGGCAAGCAGAACUCUGCAGCUGGUUCAGGCAAUGCUGGAAGCAAUCCUCCUUGGGCUAACAACACUGGUGGUGGUGCAAGUGCACAUCCUGGCUUAGGGUCAAAUCCAAUUAAGCCCACAAAGGAAUAUGAUGAUACUAAUUUGUAUAUUGGAUACUUGCCACCAACGUUGGAUGAUGAUGGUUUGAUCAGUUUGUUCUCAUCUUAUGGUGAGAUUGUGAUGGCAAAGGUUAUUAAGGAUCGGGUUUCUGGAUUGAGUAAAGGUUAUGGUUUUGUGAAAUAUGCUGAUGUUCAAAUGGCUAACAGUGCCAUUCAAGCCAUGAAUGGUUAUCGUCUAGAGGGGAGGACCAUUGCUGUUAGAGUUGCAGGCAAGCCUCCACAGCCUACUGUGCCUCCGGGUCCUCCAGCAUCAACAAUGCCAACAUAUCCUGUUUCAAGUCAACCAAUUGGUGUAUAUCCAUCCCAGCAAUUUACAGCUGGUGGCCCCCUUCCCAAUGCCAUGCCUCCUAGCUAUGCACGGCCCCCAGUUCCAUGGGGACCACCAGUUCCUAACCCCUAUGCAUCUUAUGCUCCUCCUCCCCCUCCUCCACCAGGAUCAACUAUGUACCCUCCAGUUCCUGGCCAGCCAAUGCCCCCUUAUGGCAUGCAGUAUCCCCCUCAAGUGCAGACAGCUCCACCUGGUGCUCCACCUGGUGCCCCACCACCACCAGCCACCUCAAGUGAAAUGCAGCAAAAUUUCCCACCAGGAGUGCAAUCUGAAAACACCGCUUCUGCUCCAGCUGCUCCUACCAAUACGUAUGGGAACUCGAUGACUGCAAUGCCAGCAAAUUCACAACCUGCAUACCCAACAGCUUCAUUUAGUUACUCUUCUUACUACGAUGCAGUUCCUCCUCCUCCUCCUCCUCCUCCUGCACCAUCCUUAACUUCUGACCUUUCACCGGGCAUGGGUAAUGUGCCCUGGGCCCCAAAUCCACCUGUUCCUCCUCCUGUUUCUUCUGCAGAGAAGACCUAUGGUGCAGAUGCUGAGUAUGAGAAGUUCAUGGCAGAGAUGAAGUAGCAUGGGUCAAUUGUGUUGAUGAUUCCUGGUUCAGAGGACUGAUGUUUGUUGGGGCUCUUCUGAACCUGAUUUCUUACCUCUUGCCAUGACUUUGUUGGAAAUUUGGGACUCACAUCUUUAACCUUGCUGUACUAUUAUGACAUUUGCAGAGACUUUGGCUGGAAGUUCAGUUUAUGCAGCCAUAUUCUGAAAGACCACUGGAGAUAUUAUUGAUAGUAUAUUCAGUUCUUUUAUAGGACUAGUUUUGUUUACUCAUGGAUUUUUGUUGCCUCAUAUAUUGUUUCUGUUCGCUAAUAUUUUACUGUUAUUGGUUUGUUUGAACUCCCAUCAUCAACUUGUUACUGACAAUUUUUAUUUUUUUAUCAUACCUAUUGUUAACUGCUUUGUUGUUUGGCCUAGCUCUUCUAGCUAUUUCCUGGGGAUAGUGUCCAAUUUAUUGUAAGGCCAUUAAGUUUGCCAAGUUGCCACAAUCUUGAAGCUUCCUACCAUCCCUUUAUUGUUCCAUGUCUUGAAGGUGGAGCAAACCCUGGAUACCCUGAGAGUCUUGAUGGUCAAUGAGUUUUCAUUUUGGUUUUCUUGGAUUUUUAUUUAGAAACAAGUAUGACUACAGUUGUAGAUUCAGGAAUGGAUAAGUGUAAGUUGAGUUAGUAUUUGGUCCAAUUGAAUCAAUAGGGUUUGAAAGGUCCUUGCUGACAGAGAAGCUUGUUAGCCCAUUAUAAAUAUAUUACAUAUCUUCUUCUAUAUUUAAACUGGUUAUAAAAUAGUGUGGAUGGAUAGCCUCUUUUUUGUUUAAUUGUGUCCAUACUUGAGCUGUUGAAAAUAAGUCAUAGGGCCCAAGUGGUGAUAAUCAGAUGGUAAUAGGGGGCAAGUAGUCCACAUGUAGUUUGGGCUUUGAUUGUUUAUUGGCUACAAUGAGAACUUUGACGCUUGUAGUGGUCCUUAUCAUUACAAGCUCACCAGUUCCAUGUUUUGAUGAUAUAUAACAUUUGGAUAAUUAUAUGCUCGCCACUUGGUGGUGUAGCAUCUGUAUGGUGUAGCAUCUAAGACUGUAGACUGUUACUAGGGUUUAUAUAAAUUAUUUCUCCUUUUUAAAUUUGUUUUGUAGUAUCAUAUUUUUAUUCUAUUUGAGGUGCAUGUAGUCUAUGCGGGCACAGCCACUUUCAUUGGCAGAAGAUUUGAUUUUUGUGAUUGACAAGUCAAAUUAUGUUAAAAUUGUUGGGGGGACUGCUUGCCCUAUGUUCGGACCUGUUUGAGGUGCAUGUUUUCUUAAUGGCCAUUUUACAAGUUCUUGUUUGUGUUCAGCAUUAGUGGAGUCUUUAUUUCGUACGAACAUAUAUAUAAUUUGAGGAAAACAUUCUUCUUUUUCAUCUUUGUGCACUGCAUUAGUGGAGUCUUGCUUAGUCUUUUUCCCCUCCCCCCUUUUUGUUUU